GUUCGAGUUUCUCUGGCCCAGACGGCGGAAGGCUUUCUACGCGCGACUGCUCUACAAAGGAAUCCCGAAGUUCUGCUGUUCCCGACCUGGUUUCCCGUAUACCUUCUGGAGGAUCAUAGCAUUUCCACACAUAGUGUGUAGUUUCGUUGGUUAAGAAAGCAAAGGAAAUCAACACAUACAAACGCACACACCCCCAAAAGGAAAAGUGGGAGAACACGAAAAGUGGGCGAGGAACAAGUGAAGGGUGGAUAUGAGCGAAAAGUUUGUCGAAAAUAAGUGGUGAAAUAUCAAUCGGAUUAUCGGACUUUAUUCGGGAUCACCAGUUGUAGAUUUUCGAGACGUAGCCAGUUGUCUCUGCAGUGAAAAGUGAACCUGUGUAAAAGCAAUCAAAAAGGCAGAAUAUUGUUUUGUGCUCCGAUAGAAGGUAUCAGUGACAAUUGGACACAGUUUUUAAUUGGUUAAGAAUAAGAGACAUUUUGGAUUGCUAAGAUUGCUAAAAUCAAAUAAUGUUAAAGUUAUAGUGACACAAUAGAGGAAAACUAGAAGUAUCGAUAAAGGAAAAAAAAAACAAUCAGGAAAAAUCGUUUCUUUGUGUUGGUGCAACACUUCUCGUCGUGGUAACUUAAAGUGCAAAACGGUAUUCGAUAUAGAUACCAGCCACAACUCCAGACAAUAUGCUGAUUAAAUUAGUGAAAAAGGAUUUUCCGUGCUUAAAGAAUGGAUUUAUAUAACAUUAUCUUCGGUUGAUAGACAUUUUCCGAAUUUACUUCAGUAAGAUGCACAGCGGUAGUUUCAUCUCAUCCAAACACCCGGCCAUCCCGGUGUCGAUCGGCAUUGCAUCGAUCGUGCUCGAGGGCCGCCCAGCAAUCCUUGACGAGGGCUCAGCGCGCUCGGGCGACAGCACAACAGCUGGUGGUGGUCCGGGAGGGGGAGGAGGUGGAUCGUCGGAUGAGGAAGGUGGGUUUCAUAGAUCGUUAGGCGGUGGUGGUAGGCACUACAAUGCAGCGGAAUCAUCAAUCGAAUCCGAGGGCGAACUGUUGGUCAACGAACGUCAGCAGCAUUCGUUCAUGUCCGAUGCUGCCAAAAGAAUCAAUCUAAAGCUCCAGCAAAUCCGCACCUGUCCGGGUAGCAGCAAGGAUGUCGUCGAGAAUAUGAUCACAGUAGAAGCCAGCUCGUCGUCUGGGAUGGGCCGUCGUGAUGACGAGCGUGACAGAUACGGUGGGUACGACGGAGUAGAGACGUACGUCAGCGAAACCCAUCCGAGUGAGUCGACAUCGUUGUUGUUCAGUGCCAAGGCCUGGGGUCGCGAACAUAUCUACAGUGGAUUUGAGAAAAUGAAGCUUUUGGGUGCAGUUUCGCCGAUUAAGGUUCCUCCGGCGGCGGCUGCUGCUAUCCCGUUCAUCAACUUUUCGUCGAACGUUAAUAGGAAAAAGUCCGAUGCCGGCUUGGGUAGUGCAUCUCCGGCGGCCGGUAGCAGCAAACAGCGCACCCGGGAAGGACCUCAUUGCGAGCAGUUUCUCAAGAAAAUUGGCGUAAUCAAGGCUGACCCCAGCGACGAAACGGAACACAGCUGCAGUUACCGGAACGAAUUCUGUCUACGUUGGCAGGCGUAUUUUAAACAACUGUCGUCUAUUUUAACUUGCGGUGAAGCAAUUUGCAUAGAGGUUUACCUUGGACCGGAAAAUCAUGCCAUCCUGCUGGAACAAUGGAUAUUGAAGCUGAAAUUGAAAACAUCUGAAUCAACAAUGACACUACAAUCGUUAUGUGCUGCCAUCCGUAGUCAAUUAUAUUUUUCGCAAAUCUCCGCCUGGACUGAUCUGAUAAAAAAUUCGCUUGAACCGGAAAUUUUCAACAAUCCACGAAUCAGAAAACUAUCCGCGGACGAACCGGGUGCUUCUUCAAUGAGUGCACCUAUCCCGAUCGGCGGUAGUUGCCACGCCAGUGGAGAAACAUCACCACUGGUUUUACCGAAAGCGAAACUGGACAUUCUGUUUCGCAUCCGUGGCUACGACAAUACUGCUUGCUUCAACGAGCAGCCGAACGUGCACAACUUUCCGGAUGCCAUCAUUGCAGACAACUAUGUUAUAGAAGUGUGCUUGAAGAGUUUGCCGAGACUGGAACGGAUACCUAGUAUCAAUGAUGAGAUGGAUGCCAAGAUGGAUGAGAGUUUGGUUAACGAUCGAAUGGAUUUGCCGUGUCAUGAGAAGGGAAAACAUCGGUGUGCUUUUCAGGACGAGGAUGACGAGGAUCCUCAAACGGGAGAAGACGACAUGUCCCCCGCUGCGAUUAGUCAUCGAGAGAAACAGCUGAUGAAGUACAAGAAACGUAUGAUGAAGCGCGAAAAGAAGAAGAAAACUUCUGCACAGGAGGUCACGGUGGCAAACAAUGGCGGUGGUCGUGCCGAAACGGUACCCAUGAUGGUUACCCCACCUAUGUGCAAAUCACCGGCAUUGAAAAUUCCUACCGUGAAUCACCACGCCAGCAACUGCAGCAGCGCAUCGCCGUACGCUUCAUCAAUCAAUCUUAUCCAACCACCACUGUACUCGAAUUGCGAUGAUCUUUACCAACCAGCCUCGUGUGUGAACAACACGAAAGCAACUCAGACUGCCAUCUUCCUCAGCAUGUCCAACGGUGGUAACGUUUCGACCGUAGCCACCCAGACAGAUGCGAGUGGGUGUUGCUGUCUCUGUGCUAAGCAGCAACCGGAGCCGGCACCUGGUCAUAGAUCAACGAGCACAAACAGUGAUAGCAAAAUGCAAUAUAGUAAUAGUAAUUAUAAUCGUCGUGAUUACACUAGUGAUGACUGUGAUACUAGCCAACCAGAGGUGGCUGUUGUGGUCCACGAUGAUGUCCAGUUGAAACGCCAUCAUCGGGAAGAGGAAUCCAGGGGUCUUCGGAAGGCCGAACUGCUCCUACAGGCCAUUCAUAGGACGGCCAUCAUCAACGACCACCAGCAACCAGACGUGGCACAUUUCAAAAACAAUAAUUACUAUAGUGGUAGUUACUAUGAUAAUAACAAUACUGGUAGUGAUACAGCAAAGUGUGAGCGAAGAGAAUGUGAUACUUUUACUUUCAAUAAGGAAGCACUAGAUUUAGGAGACUGUCGUUUGUGCAAACGACAAAAAACGAAGCAUAAUUUUAAGUUAGCUCUCAACCAGUCGGAUAGCAGCAGCUGCAGUAGCAGUAGCAGCAGUACCAACAACAGUCCUCCCGGUUGUCGCCGAACGUUGUCGGAAAGCUUGGUCGGCCAUUUUACUAUACCAUCCUCCUCGCCCGGUGGUGACGAUGAAACCGAUUCCAAUUCCUACCACGUCAACGGGUUCAACGGACACAAACAAGGCCAGGACGUUGGUGAUCUCAGCGUCGCCCUCAGCAGUUCGGCUGGAGCCGUCGACAACGGCGGAGCGUUCUCCUUUGAGCAGCUGAAAAAGGGCUACCGUCGAGCUUUCUCGGAAGAUGUCAUCGAUACGAUCAGUUUGGACAAUGCACUCGGAACGAAAAAACUCUCCGACGUGGAUAAUUGUGAGGAUGGUGGUGAUGAGGAUGACGAAAGGGAAGAUGAAACCUUCUCAAAAUGCGAUUGUCCGAUCAUGUUCGCUCAGCCAUCGCCGGUCGAGCUUUUGGGACGUCGUUCGGCGUUCGCUAGACCGAACGUCAACAGAAUGCAGACAUCCACGCCGGCCAGCAGUACAAGCAAACUUCCUCUCUACGUGAGUUGCACGGAAAGCGACUGCUCUAUCAGCACGGCCAGCAGCAUAUCACCCCACAAGAAACAGAUACUCAGCUGUACCGCUGUCGCCGGAAAUUCACGUCUCGCUGGGAAACCUUCAUCGUCUUCCUUAAAUUUCACCAUCCCCAAAAUCAACCUUACCAAUGUUUUCAACGUAUCGCCCCUCGCCCGGGAGGAUUCCGGCUUUGUCAGCAGUUCCAGUCCGAUACCAAUCGAUGGAAGUGUGUUCAAUUUUCCCGAUUCCGUCAGUAGGUUGAAUGUACAAAAAUCGAAUUCUGCCCCGACUUGUCAACUGUCACCAGGAUCUCUAUCGCCAAGGUUUCUACGUCAUGCUUACAAGAGCCAACGUACACGCUACCUAUCGGAACGCAGCUCCUUCUCGGAACGUUCAUCCAUCGGUUCCGAUGAACAAUUCUCCGACGAAGAGUAUCCUUAUUUGCUGGAUUUUACCAACAACGCUAGCAACGGCAGCAACUUACAUCUCAGUCCCAGCAAACUUCCGAGUUCACCGUUGAAGCUUGGCAUUGCUCAGCGACCAUUUAGUAAACCGUUUAGUAAAAACCUUUUCAAAUUUGGCCGCCUUCCGCUGUUAGGCACACUAGAAGAAUCGCUGCUACAGCGCCGCAUUGCCCCCAAGUUUCAGGUAGCCGACUUCAAGGUGUUACUCGGCGCCUCGGGGAGCUUCUGUCCGACUCAGUUAACCAUCCCGGCAGCUUCCUACUUUUAUGAACUACCAGGGCAGCACCUAACCACACCUUAUGUGUGCGAACUACGUCUUCCAAGGAAAGGUUACUCCAUCCCACGGCAAGGGACGGUACAGGUCACGUUGCUCAAUCCACUAGGCACCGUCGUGCGGAUGUUUGUGGUGCCGUAUGAUUUCCGGGAUAUGCCGGCGAUGUCCACGACGUUCAUCCGGCAGCGGAUAUUGGCAUACGACGAUAGUAACAAAGAUGCGUCACCCACAGCCGGCAACAGGAGCGUCGAACAGCUCAGCAAUGCCGAACAGAUGAAGCUACUGCGAUAUGCCAUCCAUUUGAGAUUUCAAACGUCUCGCUCCGGAAAGCUCUCGCUGCACACCGACAUCCGGCUGUUGAUCUCCCGUCGCACCGACUGUGAUACGGCCGCCGCCCACGCUAAGAACCUACUGGAGGCACCGAACGAGCUCAAGGUGGUCACCAUCGUACCGGAGAAUCCCAAGUUCAGCCUGCGGGUGGACAAACAGUAGAAUCUUCUCGCUCACUCAGUCACUGCAACACUAGUUCUGUUAGAAGUUACUCGUUUCCAUUUGCGUCCGUGUUCUCCUAUGUUUCUUUUUUAGAUUCUAACCGAUCCGUUUUAUUUCCAUGAAAAUUAUCAUGUUUUCAAAAUUUUUAAUCUGUUCUCGCGAUGGCAUUGUGAUUUCUGUUUUAUUCCCGGAGAGGGACCUUCUCGGUAUGCUCUACGCAGCGUGAUGGUUGUGGCGGAAUGUGAAAUAAGGACCACAACCGAAGAACUUAAAGUAGAGCAGGGAAAAGGUACCCGAGUGUAAAUCGAUUUUAACGAGCUGAUCUAUAUUUAAAUAUCAUUUGUUGUGAAUUCUUUUGUUGGUAGAAUAUAAAUCAGAUUUUUUCUUAUUCAUGAAAGUUGUCGGAUUCGAUUUCAUGUCACGUUUUUAGAUGUAUUCUAGAUGGAGAAGAAAAAAUAUUGGUAAAGAGUGAUGUGCUUCGUCUGUAGAGGAAAACAAAUAAUCGAUAUCACUAGUUGUGAUGCGAACAAACGAGAGCCAAGUAGGUUAUAUUUUCGUCUGCUAUUAUUUUGUCUAGGAUUUAAAAUCGCGAACGAUACGGUCAAAUUGGUUGCGCAAGCUGUGAUUUGCAAAGAUGGUCGCUUUUGGUGGCUUCGGCCUCGGAUUGUCGCCAUCUCUAAAUGAUAAACAAAAAGCGAAUUGUGUAUAUUGUUAUUAAUAUUCUCGUUUUAGUGAUAACAUUUUUUUCUGUUUGUUCAAAUUAAUCCGCCUAGGUUUAGGUCCACAAAACCCACUCUACCGAUGUGUGCUGUAUUCUGUAUUUUAAUUACCAUAAAAAUGCUAUACGUUUCGGUGCAGGGGGCAAAAACGAAAAGGUCUGCCAGAUUUCGCUGCAACACAGUCGAUGGGAUACAAUGUUAAGAAAUUUGAAAUUUGUGCAUGACGGUGUAAAAGCUUUUAUAGGAAAUCGUUAUUUUAGUCUCAACAAGAUGCCGGUUUUGAAAAAAAUUAAAAGUGUGGACCAUUGAGCAUUUUAGAAAAAUAACAUUUGAUUAUGCGGAUCGCCUGGAAAAACAACAUGACAGUAGUCAGAAUGUUUAAGAUAGGAAAAAUAAAAUCCUGAGUUUUCAGAACAAUCUUAGAUACGGAUAAAAGUGUAUUGUUCUCCUUGAAUUUACUGGAAAAACUCUCCAUUUUUAUUGUGGUAUCGACCUUGGUUAUAAAUCCAGAAAAUUUGCACAAUGCAGUCAACUUUCCAAAUGGAGAUUUUGAAGGGACCAUCGUAAUAGAGAAAAAUCGAAAAGUAGAAGUUUAUUAGAUCACUAGUAGACCGCUUAGGGAGAUAGAGAUAGAGAGAAAAUCUGUCACACAUGCAGAUGUUGAUCAUUAGGAUAGUUCAAAUUUCAAAAAUGUUCUUAAAUCGUAGCCUCUAUUAAAUCCUGUAAAUUACACUUAACACUAUUUUAGUCAGUCACCAGAUGAAAUAGAAAACCAGUCAGUAUAGCUUCAGUUCACAAACUACAAGAGAGCGAUCGUUUGCUUUAUUGCAUAUUUAUACUGUUCUGCUAUCACUCGUCAACCCAUACAAAUGUACCUCUUAUAUACAUUUCGACCUAAGGGAUUCCGAUCAUAGUUCGAUUAUCCUUUUACACAGCCCCGUAACGUGGGUAGAUCACCUUUUCGUGGUACGUUACGGGAUGUAAAAUCUACCACCGAUUCCUAGUCCUGACUACUUCAAAAUAGGGGAACAGGAUUUUUCAGUAAUCCAAGGAACACAGCUUAGUCCUUGUUACUUGUUAUGCCUUGUCGAUAGUGACAAGACUCGGCUUUAUCAACCGAGGAUGAUCUUGAAACAAGGAAAAAAUGAGUUAGUUAGUCUUCAUCUAUGUGAUUCCUAAUCUUCUAUUCGUUGUUCUCUAGUUUGAAGUGGUUUAGACUAGGGUUCUGAUGAAUGGUCAUUAUCGGUGUCAUACCUUAAUUUUGUUGCUAAGGAAUCCAAUUGUGACUGACAAAGGGGCGCGACUUUGUAGGGUGUUUCAACACUCCGAAUGGUAUAAAUAGCGGGACCUUUUAAUUAGAGUCGGAUCCUUGCGAUAAAUGCAAGAAUGACAACUGUAAAAAAAUCGAAUACU